ACCCUCUGAUUACCGUGAGCCCAGCUAAGCCAAAUCCAGCGUAUAAAAUUGCAAUCUCGUAUUCCAAUUCCUCAGUGGCCACAAACAACAUUAAAGCGUAACGAACAGACACAGAUCUGCCGUAUGAUGCUAGAUUUGUGGUUCCAGCUCUUUUCACUCUCUUAGUUCAUUGGUUUUAUCAACCAAAAUUGUACCUUUCAAACAAAAGCAUCAUCUCAUCACUUCACUCUCACUUUCACAAUUCACAUCAUCACGUUGUAACAGCACAAACAUGGAAGUUGAUGGCAGGUUUCUGAGCACAUGUCUCCUCCUUGCGGCCACAAUCCUUGUGGCCAAACUCAUAUCAGCCUUCAUAGUGCCCAAAUCCAGAAAGAGGGUACCCCCAGUAAUGAAGGGGUGGCCCCUCAUUGGAGGGCUUUACCGGUUCCUCAAAGGGCCAAUUUUUAUGCUCCGUGAGGAGUACCCUAAGCUUGGGAGUGUUUUCACCCUGAAAUUGUUUCACAAAAACAUCACCUUUUUGAUUGGCCCUGAGGUUUCUGCACACUUUUUCAAGGCCCCAGAGAGUGAUCUUAGCCAGCAAGAGGUGUACCAGUUCAAUGUGCCAACUUUUGGACCUGGGGUGGUGUUUGAUGUUGAUUACUCCGUGAGGCAGGAGCAGUUCAGGUUCUUCACUGAGGCUCUUAGGGUGAACAAACUCAAGAGUUAUGUCAAUCAGAUGGUUGCAGAAGCUGAGGACUAUUUCUCAAAGUGGGGACCUAGUGGUGAGGUUGAUUUGAAGUAUGAGCUUGAGCAUCUGAUCAUCUUGACGGCCAGUAGAUGUCUCUUGGGGCGUGAAGUUCGUGACAAACUCUUUGAUGAUGUCUCUGCAUUGUUCCAUGACCUGGAUAAUGGGAUGCUUCCAAUCAGCGUUCUCUUCCCAUACUUGCCAAUCCCAGCUCACAAGCGCCGUGACCAGGCACGCAAGAAGCUGGCUGAAAUCUUUGCAACCAUCAUAGCUUCUCGCAAAAGUGCCAACAAAUCAGAAGAUGACAUGUUGCAGUGCUUCAUUGACUCAAAAUACAAAGAUGGUCGCCAAACGACAGAAGCUGAAGUGACUGGACUCCUCAUUGCUGCGCUAUUUGCAGGACAACACACAAGUUCUAUUACCUCCACUUGGACUGGUGCAUAUCUGCUGAGUAACAACCAGUACCUUUCAGCUGUGCAGGAGGAGCAGAAGAAGUUGAUGGAGAAGCAUGGGGACAAAGUUGAUCAUGAUGUUUUGGCUGAAAUGGAUGUGCUGUAUAGGUGCAUCAAAGAAGCUUUGAGACUCCACCCUCCACUGAUUAUGCUGCUGAGAAGCUCACACAGUGAUUUUAGCGUCACGACAAAAGAGGGGAAAGAGUAUGACAUCCCCAAGGGUCAUAUAAUUGCCACAUCACCUGCUUUUGCAAAUAGGCUAGGUCACAUUUUCAAGGACCCUGACAGGUAUGAUCCCGAUCGGUUCGCUGUUGGGAGGGAAGAAGACAAGGUGGCAGGUGCAUUCUCCUACAUUUCAUUUGGCGGCGGCAGACAUGGAUGCCUUGGGGAGCCUUUUGCUUAUCUGCAGAUAAAAGCAAUUUGGACUCAUCUGCUGAGGAAUUUUGAUCUUGAGUUGGUGUCACCUUUUCCUGAGAUAGAUUGGAAUGCCAUGGUUGUAGGAGUGAAGGGAAAAGUUAUGGUCCGAUACAAGCGGAAGGAGCUCUGUUAAUCAGUAGGAUCUCAUGCUUCAUUUUCUGAUGUGAAUUUAUUUUAAGCAGUUUUUGUUAGUUUUUUCUGGUUCAACUUCUGUCCAAGUUCACUGUUUAUUGGACAAUGGAUAUCUAGAAUCUUGGUUUUAAUUUUUUCCUUUUUUUGUAAUUGUGGUAAGUGAUUUAAAACUUACUUUGGUAUGUGUAUUAGAUGCUAGGGUGGUGCAAGUAGUUACUUGGGUUCAAGUGAAAUGAUUAUAGUAAACUUAUUUUUCUUCUGGUCAUACACUACAAAAAAAGUUGUGGAUUAUAUA